CCUAUGUGCAGCUUGAUUCCGGCUUGUCAAACUAUUAAUCACAGUUUUCAGAUGCGUGUUUAGAUUCUUGUUUAGGCGAUUAGAACGAAAAAAUUAAAAAAAAUUUUAACUGCUUGUGUAGAUAUUUGUAAACUGGAAAAAUGGAUGACCAGGAGCUUCAAGCAAUCCGCCAGCAACGCCUCCAGCAGAUGCAGGGCGCAAACCCCGAACAACAGAAGGCAAAAGAAGAACAGAUGGCCGCCCAGGAGGAAAUGAAAAACUCGAUGCUCUCCCAAUUGCUAGACCAGAAUGCCCGUGCGCGACUUAACACGCUCAAGCUAAGCAAACCGGAAAAAGCCCAAAUGGUGGAAGGAAUGAUCAUUCGGAUGGCACAGAUGGGACAAAUCGGGGGCAAGUUGGAUGACGCUUCGCUGGUGAAGCUGCUGGAAAGUCUAAAUCAGCAGAUGCCGCGCAGCGGUUCCACAGUUAAAUUUGACCGGCGAAGAGCGGCUUUGGAUUCGGACGAUGACGAUGAUUACGGCAUUUGAGGACACGGCCAUCCUCGUUUCGGGAGGAUGUUCGUCGCAUGAGAUUAGGAAUCGCACUUGCUGUUCGUCUACAACCAGCAAGCCAGACGUCGAAUGACCGACCAGCGGCACUAGCUUUGUGUGGUUAUGGUUAAGCAAUCGACUUAAGACCGUGUUAAAAUAUAAACUGUUUCUGCUAAGCUAA